AUGGCGCGUCUUCGACCUGGGAAGGAAGUUGCGGGUGAGAAGACAAACAAGCCAAAGGACACACCUUUUAAACAGCAGCGUAUGAAGGCAUGGGAAAUUUUUCUCUUCAUUGGGAUUAUCUUUCUUGCCAUCGGAAUUUUCUGGCUUGUCGUAAACGAUCAGGUCCGGGAAAUCCGACUGGAUUAUACGAAAUGCCACGAAAUUGAAUCAUACGACGAGCUCGAGGUGAUGCCACCAGAUAAUGUGGAAAAGAAGUUCAAAGCAUCUUCCGCGGGACAGCUGGUGGACCAGUGGAAGCGGUCGAACAAAUCUUUGACUUUCGAUCGCGUCACCAAGAACUACACACUUUGCACCAUGGAGUUCUUCCUCCCUGAAGAGUUGCAACCACCUGUGCUGUAUUACUACCGUCUUACAAAUUUCCAUCAGAAUCACCGCGAGUAUGUCAACUCUCGUGACAAGAAACAGUUGAUGGGCGACAGCGUCAGCAUCAACGCCAUCAAAUCGUCUGAUUGUGGGCCUCUGAAGACGCGACAGACAGAGGACGGGUCGGAGGAGAUCAUCUUUCCUUGUGGAAUGAUUGCCAAUUCGUACUUCAACGACACCUUCCACGAUCCGAUCCGUCUGCCCUCUUCGAACGGCUCAAACCAGACGCAUACAUACAAUAUGUCCCGAACUGGCAUCGCCAAAGAUAUCGACAGGGCAAUCUAUCGAUCGAGUAGCUACCAGAUACCUGCAGAAGCCGGCGGAAACGAUACCGUAAUUGUUCCUCCCCCUGGAUGGGUCGAGCGAUUUCCGAACGGAUACCAUGCUGGCAACAUGUUCAACCCGGCGGAGGAUGAAUCUUUCAUGGUUUGGAUGCGAACAUCGGCCGGGAACAGGUUUGCGAAGCUUGCCAUGCGCAAUAACGAUGACGCCAUGGAAAGAGGAAUGUACCGCAUCGAAGUCAUUUCACGUAAGGCACAGGGACUGUUUCUGUGA